AUGAGCUUACUUAGUAACCCAAGUAGUGCCAGGAACUUGCCGCACCGCGGCUCCUCCAAAAUGGAGAGCUUCGAUAACAUCUAUCUCGACCUCUCGAAGCAGCAUGGAAAGUGCAAGCUGGCGGAAUCUGGCUUAGGAUGGAAGCCUUCCGGUGGCGGCGAAACGUUUACUCUUGACAGCAGCAACAUCGGCGCAGCCCAAUGGAGUCGAGCAGCAAAGGGAUAUGAGCUGAAAAUCUUGUCGCGCUCCUCGGGAGUUAUCCAGCUUGAUGGAUUUGACCAGGAGGACUUCGAGCGAUUGAGCAAAGCCUUCAAGAUCUGGUACGGUAUCAACAUGGAAAGCCGAGAGCACGCUCUUCGUGGAUGGAACUGGGGCAAGGCAGAAUUCACCAAAGCAGAACUAUCCUUCAACGUGCAGAACCGACCGGCAUUCGAAAUCCCCUACUCCGAGAUAUCGAACACGAACCUUGCCGGAAAGAAUGAAGUCGCUGUGGAGUUUGCUCUUGGUGGCGAGGGUAACGAGCCCGCCAAACCCGCUGGUAGCACGAAGAACCGUGGUCGCAAGGCCGCUUCGGGUCCGGACGAACUUGUCGAGAUGCGAUUCUACAUCCCAGGAACGGCCGUAAAGACGGAGAAGGGUAUCAAGGAAGAAAAUGCGGAAAACCCGGACGAAGAGAACGGAGCCGAGGAAGAAGAGGGCGAAGAGCAGAAUGCGGCGAACUUGUUCUACGAGAUGCUCAUGGACAAGGCGGAGAUUGGAGAUGUGGCUGGCGACACAUUCGCUACUUUCUUGGAUGUCCUGCAUCUUACACCCAGAGGUCGGUUCGAUAUCGACAUGUACGAAUCAUCCUUCCGGUUACGCGGUAAAACAUACGACUACAAGAUUCAAUACGCUUCUAUCAAGAAGUUCUUCCUGCUUCCGAAGAACGAUGACACACAUACAUUGAUCGUUCUGGGACUUGAUCCCCCGCUACGACAAGGCCAGACUCGCUACCCAUUCUUGGUAAUGCAGUUGAAGUUGGACGAGGAGAUCAGCUUGGAGCUCAACAUGACAGAUGAGCUUUUGGAAACUCGCUACAAAGACAAGUUGGAGCCCCGCUACGAGGAACCCAUCCACCAGGUGGUCACGAAGAUCUUCCGUGGCCUGUCAGGCAAGAAGGUCAUCAUGCCGUCGAAGGACUUUGUCAGCCAUCACGGUCACAGUGGAGUCAAGUGCUCCAUCAAGGCGAACGAGGGUCUCCUCUACUUCUUGGAUAAGAGUUUGAUUUUCGUCCCCAAGCCUGCCACUUACAUUCAGAUUGAGAACAUUGCAAUCAUCACCAUGUCGCGUGUGGGUGGUGCCAUCUCGGCCAGCAGAACAUUUGAUAUCACAGUUAGCUUGAAGGCUGGCCUGGGAGAACACCAAUUUAGCAACAUCAACCGCGAGGAGCAACAACCCCUCGAGGAAUUCUUCAAGGCGAAGAACAUUCGCUUCAAGAACGAAAUGUCCGACGAUGCCUCGGCUCUCAUCGCAGCAGCUCUUGACAAUGACGACAUGGGCUCCAGCGACGACGAGGGUGUCCGGGCUGACCGCGGCUCGGCCGAUGAAGACGAAGAAUCCAUUGACGAGGACUUCCAGGCCGAGUCUGAUUCUGACGUCGCGGAAGAAUACGACUCCGCGCACGAGAGCAGCGGCAGUGCCAGUGACGCCGAGAUGGGUGAUGCAUCUGAUGGAGAAGACGAUGACGAGGAUGAGCCCAUGUCAGAGGCGGAGGGGGCGCGGCCGAAGAAGAAGACAAAGGUUGGAAAAUAG